AUGGUAAUGUCAAACAUCACGAACAUCACGAUCGCGCCAGCCAGUCAGCCGGAGAUAGCGAUAAUCACGUUAAACGGAGUUGCAGGCGACUAGCGAACGUUCCUUGGGUUCUUCAGCGGAGAGAAAUGCAACCGCUGCAGAUCCCCGAGAAGCAGAACGUGAAGCAGAUUCGCGAGUGAGCGCUGUGAGAGAAGGAAAGCGAUCCGCUCCGGGACAAACGAGGUCCGAGGACGAGCACCGUUCUCGGUCGCGCGAACGCGCCAAGCUGUCAAGAUGGAUUGGGAGUUAUUGACAAUGGCGAGUCUGCAUCUGACCGCGACCGAGCACCGUUAUUACGGCGACAUAUUCAUCUAUUGCUGUGAGAACGCGGACAGCGACAGCGUUCCCGUGAUUAAAGUCGCCGAGUUGUUACGUUCGGCCAAUCUGCCGCGGGACAUCACGAUGAAGAUCUUGGACAUCUGCAUGGGAACCAAAGGUAACACGCAUCUGGGCAAGAAGCAAUUCUAUGCAGUGUUGAAACUCAUUGCAGUCCAUCAGGCUGGUCUGGAAGUCUCCAGAGAUAUGAUAACUGCAUCUUUGGAUGUUAUUACUUUGCCAAGAUUUACGUGGCCAACCUCCGGUGAAGAGGAAGGUAGAAGGAGUCCAGACAUAACUAGAGGAGCAAAAAGUAGACAUCAUGCUCCUGAGAGCACUACCGAAAGUGAAAGCGAAGCAGAAUCCCCACGUGAGACUGGUGGUAGCACAGAUUCUCCUACACCAACGAACAGCGUGACUCAAGAAAGAAAUGACGGUAUGCUGGGUGGCGAGACAAUUUUGGAUUCUGUUUCCGGAGGUUGGCAAGGCUUAUUAGUUUCUGAAGAGCAGAGACAACUGUUAGGUACUGAAGAGGAGAGCUCGGAGCGUCACAGCAGCGACGAAGGUGACGGGGAAGGUGAUGGCUCUGGUUUUCCACCGGAGGAAGUAUGGAUUAUCAGCGACGAGCAACGUGAUUAUUACGCUGCGCAAUUCGCGCAGCUGCAGCCUGAUCCGGAGGGUCUUCUAGCCGGGCCUGUAGCCAGAACGUUUUUCGAAAAAUCACGGCUUCCUGUUUCAGAGUUACGACGUAUUUGGCAGCUCGCGGAUGUCACGAGGGACGGGGCGCUCAGUUUACAAGAAUUCUAUGUGGCUAUGCAUCUCGUCGUACUGAGGAGGAACCAUGUGCCUCUGCCCGACGUUUUACCUCCGUCCUUGUCGAUCUUGUUAGUUAUGCAAACAGCAACAACUGCCGCGCCGCAAAUCCCAUCGGCGACAACUGCUCAAAAAUCACCACCGAACUCCGCAAACGCUCGCGAGAAGAAUAGGGAAUGGACAAAGUUCGUGGACUCGCCAACUGGAGCGAGCAGCUCCUCAGUCACUAGUCCAGGAUUGCAGCUAGUGAAUUUCGAUUUCCAAAAAUCAGCCGUCGAACGCGACCCGAAGAUUUUGCAUCCAGUACCGUUGCGCUUAACACCUGAAGCAGCGAUUCUUGCUUCGGGUGCUAACGGUAGCAGUAGCAGCUGCGCAACCUUGGGAGAUGACGAUUUGCAACACUCUGCAGCGUCAUUAGUGCAACGACCUCUCGCAAAGAAACCAUCUGCAGCUCCCGAAGAUGCUGUCAUCGUAACUCCUAAAAAGGAACCACCACCUCCACCGCCUCCCAGACCGUACAGAACACAUGCGCGCAGUUCUAGUCUCGAUCUUAAUAAAUUAGGAAAAAAUGGUCAAAGUUUUCUUGGAGCGCCGCCGCUUGUACCACCUAGAAUCUCUCCAGGAAUUACUUCGCCUCGUAAAUUGGUCGGCCAAAGGAGCGAGGGUGAAGGACAAAGAACGUUAAGCGAAAGUCAAGCUUUUGUCGCCGACUUUUCUCAUUUUUCUCCUAAGAGUGAACUGCCUGAAAAUACGUUAUCUAUAGAAAACACGAUACCACAAUCUCAACAAUUCACUGGAGUUUGUGGAGCAUUUCAUAUUUAUAGAAAACCAAGUCCAAAACGAGAUGGUGGCGAAGAAGAGAAUAAGAAUGAAGAGGAUGAAAAGAGGUUAACCUUACAAGAAUUAAGGGAAAAGAAUGCGGAACUACGCUUAGUUUGCGAAGAAUUGACACGUGAAUUGGCUAGCGCACUCCAAGAACGUAUAAAUCUGCGUGCAAAACUUUUACUCUUGACUUGAUGUGAUUAUUGUUCGCUGUCAUUUAUUUGCUCGAAGUUACGAGAUAUUAUAUCUCUUCAAAUCAUUGUAAACACAUAUAUUUAAUACGUUA